AUGAGGAGCUCACCUUCAAGCACACCUUCUACACCAUCCACCUCAGAGAAUACAGGGCACACAAGUGGAAUACUUACCCAAAGCUCAGCACCAGUCACCACUGAGGUCUCAACCACAACCUUAGCACAGGAACUGUCCACAGUGCUCACACUAAGCACCUCUAUUCAGGAAUGGUCAACAUCUUCUCAGAAACACCAGAGUGAAAGCAUGGAGACCAAGAACACACCUCAAACCACCCUCACAGAGGUGACCACAUCAACUCCUUCACCCUCCCCAAGUGGCUCAACUCCAGCACAGACAGUGUCCCAAGUGACAUCAUCUCCAGUUGAAACAACCAACCCAUCCUCUUCCAGUGUCAGCAACACAUCCCCAGCCACAUCAGAAGAGCAAACCACAGCACCCUCUACAGAUUCCACCUCAGGAAAUACAGGGCACACAUCUCCAACGGUUUCUCAAAGUUCUUCCUCUAUAACUACUGGAGUCCCAGUGACAAAUUCGCCAAAUGUCCUGUCAACAGUGACAACACCCAUCACCUCUACUCAGGAAUUGUCAACAUCUUCUCAGAACCACCAGAGUGAAAGCAUGGAGACCAAGAGCACUCCUCAAACCUCCCUCACAGAGGUGACCACAUUAACUCCUUCACCCUCCACAGUGUCCCAAGUGACAUCAUCUCCAGUUGAAACAACCAACCCAUCCUCUUCCAGUGUCAGCAACACAUCCCCAGCCACAUCAGAAGAGCAAACCACAGCACCCUCUACAGAUUCCACCUCAGGGAAUACAGGUGUCAGCAACACAUCCCCAGCCACAUCAGAAGAGCAAACCACAGCACCCUCUACAGAUUCCACCUCAGGAAAUACAGGGCACACAUCUGCAAUGGUUUCUCAAAGUUCUUCCUCUAUAACUACUGGAGUCCCAAUGACAAAUUCGCCAAAUGUCCUGUCAACAAAACACCAGAGUGAAAGCAUGGAGACCAAGAACACACCUCAAACCACCCUCACAGAGGUGACCUCAUCAACUCCUUCACCCUCCCCAAGUGGCUCAACUCCAGCACAGACAGUGUCCCAAGUGACAUCAUCUCCAGUUGAAACAACCAACCCAUCCUCUUCCAGUGUCAGCAACACAUCCCCAGCCACAUCAGAAGAGCAAACCACAGCACCCUCUACAGAUUCCACCUCAGGGAAUACAGGGCACACAUCUGCAAUGGUUUCUCAAAGUUCUUCCUCUAUAACUACUGGAGUCCCAGUGACAAAUUCGCCAAAUGUCCUGUCAACAGUGACAACACCCAUCACCUCUACUCAGGAUUUGUCAACAUCUUCUCAGAACCACCACAGUGAAAGCAUGGAAACUAAGAGCACACCUCAAAUCACUCUCACAGAGGUGACCACAUCAACUCCUUCAGUCUCCCCAAGUGGUUCAACUCCAGCACAGACAGUGUCCCAAGUGACAUCAUCUCCAGUUGAAACAACCAAUCCAUCCUCUUCCAGUGUCAGCAACACAUCCCCAGCCACAUCAGAAGAGGAAACCACGGCACCCUCUACAGAUUCCACCUCAGCAAAUACAGGGCACCCAUCUCCAACAGUUUCUCAAAGUUCUUCCUCUAUAACUACUGGAGUCCCAUUCUUCCUCUAUAACUACUGGAGUCCCAGUGACAAAUUCGCCAAAUGUCCUGUCAACAGUGACAAUACCCAUCACCUCUACUCAGGUUUUGUCAACAUCUUCUCAGAACCACCAGAUGUCAGCAACACAUCCCCAGCCACAUCAGAAGAGGAAACCACGGCACCCUCUACAGAUUCCACCUCAGCAAAUACAGGGCACCCAUCUCCAACAGUUUCUCAAAGUUCUUCCUCUAUAACUACUGGAGUCCCAGUGACAAAUUCGCCAUCUGUCCUGCCAACAGUGACAACACCCACCACCUCUACUCAGGAUUUGUCAACAUCUUCUCAGAACCACCACAGUGAAAGCAUGGAAACUAAGAGCACACCUCAAAUCACUCUCACAGAGGUGACCACAUCAACUCCUUCAGUCUCCCCAAGUGGUUCAACUCCAGCACAGACAGUGUCCCAAGUGACAUCAUCUCCAGUUGAAACAACCAAUCCAUCCUCUUCCAGUGUCAGCAACACAUCCCCAGCCACAUCAGAAGAGGAAACCACGGCACCCUCUACAGAUUCCACCUCAGCAAAUACAGGGCACCCAUCUCCAACAGUUUCUCAAAGUUCUUCCUCUUUAAGCACCUCUAUUCAGGAAUGGUUAACAUCUUCUCAGAACCACCAGAGUGAAAGCAUGGAGACCAAGAGCACACCUCAAACCUCCCUCACAGAGGUGACCACAUCAACUCCUUCACCCUCCCCAAGUGAACCCACUGUGUCACAAACAGAAACAACCACCCCAAAUGCUCACACCAUGAGGAGCUCACCUUCAAGCACACCUUCUACACCAUCCACCUCAGAGAAUACAGGGCAUACAACUCACAAGUCCAGGCAUUAUCCAAAGCUCAACGGCCACAGAAGUCUCAAUGACGUCCUCAUCACAGAAACUCUCAACAGUGUCAACACCUAUCAGCUCCACUCAGGAAUCGUCAACAUCUUCUCAGAACCACCAAACAUCCUCACAGAGAUGACCACACAAAACCAUUCAUCUGCUUCCACUGGACCCAAUGUGACAGCCAUCCCCUCUGGUGGGACUUCCUCCUCACUACUUUUGUCUUCUCUCCCUCUGUUUCCAGGAAUGACCACAAGCUCCCUGAAGACAGACAGUGGCAGAGGCACAUCACUCUCUGUUACCUCCUUGACCCUUACCACUCCCAGCACAACCACAGCUUCCAAGUCAACAGUCUCCUCACUCCCUAUUUUACCAGAGCAGGGCAUUUCCCUCUUCCCCUACGGGACAAGCCCUCAAGUUGGAGACCAUCAGUUUUUUGCCAGGACUGUGGAUUUUACCUCCCGCCUCUUCAAGCUCCAGAUUGGCUUUCCACUUGGCUCCUCUCUGCGGGAUUCCUUCUACUUCACAGACAACGGCCAGAUCAUUUUCCCAGAGUCAGACUACAGCAUCUUCUCCUACCCCAACCCGCCUCAAAGUGGCUUCACAGGAAAAGAACAUGUAGCCAUGGUGGCCCCGUUCUGGGGUGAUGCUGACUUCUCUAGUUCCAGGGGAACCAUAUUUUACCAGCAAUACAACACACUUUAUGGUGAAAAUAUUGGGCCAGUCCGGGAGGUAGAGACUUUGAUUCAGGAGUUCACAGGUGACUGGAGCUACAAAGCCAAGUGGACACUGAAAGUCACUUGGGUCAAUGUUCCUGCCUAUCCUGCCCAGUGGAGCUAUGGGACCAAUACCUACCAAGCCAUCCUCUCCACAGACGGGAGCAGUUCCUAUGCCCUGUUUCUCUACCAGAGCGGUGGGAUGAAGUGGAAUGUGAUCCAGGGUCUGGGCAACCAAGUCCUCAUGGGCUUCUCCAGUGGAGAUGGGUAUUUUGAAAACAGCCCGCUGACAUUCCGGCCAGCAACGGAGAAGUACCGUCCAGAUCGAUUCCUGAAUUCCAAAUUAGGCAUCCGGGGGGUGCAGGUCUACAAGCUACACAAAGAGGUGAGGCCCAACUACAGACUCAAGUGUCUAUGGUGGCUGAACAACCAACUUCAGAGUCCCAGAUGGAGCUGGGGCUGGAGCCAGCUUUCCUGCCCUUGCUCCUGGCAGCAGGGACUAUGGGACUUUCGAUUCUGGCGCAUGAACACAGGUUGGUGGAACGGCGGUAGCAGGCAGCUAUGCAGCUUCUCCUCCUGGCGAGGUGGUGUGUGCUGCAGCUAUGGUCGCUGGGGAGAGUUUCGAGAAGGCUGGAGAAUGCAUAAUCCUUGGCAAUUUGAACAGGAGCAGGAGGCACAGAAAUGGUGCUGCCACUGGAACGACAAGCCCUCCUUCUGUGCCCAGUACUAUCGCGUGCGGCCCCGCGUUAGUUGUGCUCGAUACAGGCCCCUACGGCCCGCUUGGACAUUUGGCGAUCCCCACAUCACCACUCUGGAUAAUGCUACUUACACCUUCAAUGGGCUGGGAGACUUUCUGCUGGUCCAGGCCCAGGACACAAAUUCCUCCUUCCUGCUGGAGGGCCGCACUGCCCAGACUGGCUCUGCCAAGGCCACUAACUUCAUUGCCUUUGCUGCUCAAUACAACACCAACAGCUUGGCUUCUCCCAUCACAGUUCAGUGGUUCCUGGAACCCAAUGACACAAUCCGAGUUCUGCACAAUAACCAGACGGUAGCCUUUAACACCAGCCAGACAGAUGAAGGGGAUGAAGGCUUGCCAAUGUUCAAUACCACUGGGAUCCUCCUGACUCAAAAUGGCUCCCAGGUCUCCGCCAGCUUUGAUGGGACAGUGACCAUCUCUGUGAUUGCUCUCUCCAACAUCCUCCAUGCCUCCACCAGUCUUCCAGAGGAGUACCACAACCACACGAAGGGACUCUUGGGAGUCUGGAAUGACGAUCCAGAAGAUGACUUCAGGACGCCCAAUGGCUCCACCAUCCCCCGAAACAGCUCUGAGGAGACCAUUUUUCACUAUGGAAUGACAUGGCAAAUCAAUGGGACAGGCCUCCUCGGGAUGAGGACAGACCCUCUGCCUUCCAACUUCACCCCCAUCUUCUUGUCACAACUGUUGAACACCUCAGCCGAAAACGUGAUCUCGGGGUGCAGGGGAGACGCACAAUGCAUGUUUGAUGCCCUGGCUACAGGAAAUGCAACCACAGGACAGAACACCAACACGAUCCUUAAAACAUUCCAGCAUGUGAAUGGCACCCUCAAUCAGUACCCGCCCUCGGUCAACUGCUGCAGCGAGAUCCGAGCCUAUAAGGGGCGGACAGAGACCAUUGAGAUCACCAGCAACUCUAAGGAUGUCACAUUCAACCUUAUCAACCAGUGUAGUGGCUUUAAACUCCUUGAAAACGGAAGUUUGCAGUGGACGCCAACACUUGAAGAGUGUACCCUGGAGAUUCUAGCAACAGAUGCCAGGACUAACUUGUCAUCCAUACUCCAGCCCAAGACUGUGGCUUGCUUCUGCAGUAUGGAGAGCCAGUGUUUGUACAAUGAGACCAGCAGGGAAGGCAAUUCUUCCCUUGAGGUGACCAGCUGCAGGUGUGAUGGGAACACCUUUGGCCGUUUCUGUGAUCGCUCCAAGGACCACUGUGAAGAGCCAUGCUUCCCAAAUGUGUCCUGCAUUCCUGGGAAGGGCUGUGAGGCCUGCCCUCCAAACAUGACUGGAGAUGGGCAUCACUGUGCAGCUCUAGAGGACUCUUUAGUCUGCCAGAACCACUUCUGCCCUGUGAAUUACUGCUAUAACCAUGGCCACUGCUAUAUCUCUGGGGCUCCCGACUGCCAGCCCGCUUGCACCUGCCCGCCAGCCUUCACUGAUAGCCGCUGUUUCCUGGCUGGGAACAAUUUCACUCCCACUGUCUAUAAAGAGCUUCCCUUGAGGACCAUCGUGCUCUCACUCAGGGAAAACGAAAAUGCCUCCCGAGCUGACGUCAACGCCUCGGUGGCAUACAGGCUAGAGACUCUGGACAUGCGGGCUUUUCUCUCGAACAGCCAAGUGGAACUGACAGGGAUCUCUCUCUCAGCAGAGUCCUCCAACAAGCCAAUUCAGCAGUGGCGGGUCGUCUCCCACUUCCAGUACCGUCCCAGGGGCCCGGUCAUCCAUUUUUUGAACAACCACCUGAUAGACGCUGUGGUGGAGGCCUUCCUCCUUCAGGGGAGGCAGAAGAGGAGCAAUGGAGAAGCCAGGAAGAACGUCAACUUCUUUCCCAUCUCCAGGGCGGAGAUCCAAGAUGUGAUGGCUUUGAACCUAAGUAUGCUGAACGAUUAUUUCCUGUGUGAGGGCUACAAGAACUACAGCCUGGUCUACAGCCCCCAGAACGGUGUCACCUGCGUGUCCCCAUGUAGUGAGGGCUACUGUCACAAUGAAGGCCAAUGCCAGCACCUACCAGAUGGGCCCAAAUGCAGCUGUGCAUCCUUCACCAUCUACACAUCCUGGGGUGAACAAUGUGAGCACCUAAGUGUGAAACUUGGAGCAUUCUUCGGGAUCCUCUUCGGGACCUUGGGUGCCCUCUUGCUGCUGGGGAUGUUGGCAUUUGCCAUCUUUCACUUCUGCGGCUGCUCCCCGAACAAGUUCUCCUACCCUUUGGAUUCAGUGUUGUGA